CUUCUAGCAUCUGUAGACCUACUCCUUAAAGAAAUGAACGUCGAUCCCGAUUCGAUUCCCAUUUCUGACGAUUACAUUCCAGCACAAGAGUCAUUUUCCGCGGUAGAUUCACCCACCAAACCACUUAACUUCCCUCGUUCGCUGCUGAAACCAUUAGGAAUGACCAGAGAGAAGGAGUUCAACUCCAGCUCCGAUACGUGUGCCAGCGAGAGCGAUGUCCAGAUUUCAAAUGUCGAAGAAAUCGUCGCUCAAGUUGAGCCUGAGCCCACAGCCAAACCAAGCGAUAACUCUUUCAUGAGAAAUUUCGACUUGGACGACUCAGAAGAUGCCGCAAACACAAUAGCUCACCCCAGCCACGAAGCUGACGAGUUUUCAUUUGCUACUCCCAUGACUUCAACCAUAGAUUUGAAUAAUCCUCAUGCUAUAAAUCAGACAGUACCGAACUCUUCUACCUAUAUCAACACUUCACCUUCUAGAUCAAUAAUGAAGAAAACACCUGCAAAUUCGCCUAGGAAAUCAGUUGUCUUCUCAAACUCCAACCCGGAAAUACAUCACUAUCCUGAAGGUCUAGAAAGUACUGAAAGCGUGUCUUCCUCCAACGAAGAAGCUCAUAGUAAAUCUGUAAUUGUGACGUCUAUUCCUCACGAAUGGAGCGAGUUGAAUAACAACAGCAACGGAAAAUCGAUUUCUUCAGACGAGGAAGAUGGAUCAAUAGCUCCAGCUCCUCCUCCUCAUAGUUCCAAGUCUUUUGAAGUGUUGUUAAAGAAUAAUGCAGCAAACAACGAAGAUGAAGCUAUCGAUUCCCAAACUUUGAAGGACUACAAGUUGAAACACGACGGAUACAGCAACCUCUCCUUAAACGAGAAGUUGGACCUUUUCCUCUCUGAGAAGAACAACGACCCAUUCAAUGGCUCAAAACCAUAUAACGACCUUGAUGAACAUUUGAACAACCUCCACAACGCCGCUCAGUACAAAGCAGCUUCCAAUAUCCACGACUUAUCCGAGUCUAUCCAGAUUCCUAAACUUAACGACUACGACAAUCCUUUGGACUCCUUAGUCAAAUCUUCAGAUGUUCAAUUGAGAUCAUCUGGUUCUUCCCAAUCCUCAUUACCUUCGUUGAGAGACUACAACAGGACAUUAGAUUCUAUCAACAACCAAGUAGGUGGCAAGAGUUUGGAAGUCAAUGAUGGUAUCAAGGGUCUUUCAGACGAUUUGGUAGAGUCUUUGAUUCCGGAAAAUGAAGACAGAAAAGUAGAGGCCGAAAAUGAUGCAUUGACAAUGAAACUGACGUCUACUUCAAGCAAUCGAGAGAUCAACCAAAGGCAAGAAGAACCUUCUUUUGAUAGCUCUUAUAAUAAUAACACUGAGAAGUCGAUCAUGAACUUGUUGAUCAGCGCUUCUUCAGACCAUUUGUCAAAGGCAGUGGAAGAGUCUAACCAAGUCGGCAAUCAAGAAACUAUUGGAAAAGAGGUUGUUUCCAAUGGGGGUCCAAAGACUGUUUCAGUUGAGGAUGUGUCUGUCAAACAAGAAAACCAAGCAAUUCCAAAGGAAAUUAGCGUCAAGAAAGAACAAGAUGACGUACAAGAUUUGGUCUCAAUCAAAAGUGAAAACAAGGACUUUGUCAAGAAAGAAGGCGAUGAAUUUACUAACGAGCUAUCUGAUUCAAAGUUGGAAUCUGUCUCUGAAAUUUUAAGAGCUUCACCUGUUCGAUUGGUGAAAACCGAAUCUCCAGUCCAAGAUGAAGACAAUAUUGUUGCCAAACAAGAAAUUUCAGCUGUUGAGGAACAGAAGAAGAACCCUGACAAAGUUGAAGAUGAAUCAUUCUUGCCAGAAACAGGAAAUGAAUCCAAGAUGUCUUUACGUUUCAAUUACGACAGUGAUUGGAAAUUGGAAGACAGUCAUGAUGGCGACAGAGAGGAUAAUGAAGACUAUACCAAUAACGACUUGACAGCUCCAAGCAUAGCAGUCGGAAAGAAGUCUAUUGAUUUUGAACGUCUCAUGACUGAAAAGAGACUUUCUGUGAAUUUAUCACCCAAUGAAUCAGACAAUGAAAACUUUAUCGAUGCUUCCGAAGAAUUACAGAUGAGAACUUUGGCACCUCCAAGAGAAGAAACGAAGAAACCAGAAGAAGCGAAAGAAGUCGAAGAAACAAAACCAGAAGAAAACAGUGAUGAAAAUGAUGACAAAGACAAUGUUUUGGCGAAUUCUUCCAAUAUCGCUCCACCAGGCGAAAUAACACUCCCAGUUGUAGAAACCAACAAUUACUCUUCUUUUGACGAAAUCACCAAGAGAAUGGACGAGGAUUCGUUCGAAGAGCUGCUUUCCGCUGAACAUGAAGCUGAUCCUAAACCCAACGACUUCAUAUCUAUCUGGCAUUCCCAACUGAUGCAAAAAAGAGAGCAUAAAUCGCCUGACUAUCUGUCGACUUUAAACACAGAGACGUUGGUUCAAAGGGUUCCACAAGCUGACACUCUUGAAAGAGGCAAGAUUCCAGCUUCAUUACAACCCAAGAAGUUUAAGGAAGUCAAUGUGAUGUCCAGAAGGGUGGUUAGUCCAGACAUGGAAGAUCUUCACAUUUCUGGCUUUUUGCCAGAAUUAUCACAAGAUUCUGGUUUUGAAGAACAUUUCAGAUUUUUGAACAACACUGGUAACACUUCUCGUCAUGCUAGUAAGAACUUUACACCUUUGAGUACUGAGAAUGUUUUGAAUAACAUUGAUUCAGAUCCAAGGGUGUUGGAACCUCCAAAACCUGUGGUCUCGAUUGACCGUAGAGGAAUUACCACUUCAAACCACAUCAAUUUGGUUCCACAGAAGGUUAAACCAGUUAAGGCAACUAAAGCAAAAUCACAAUUCAAAGUUCCAUCUUUUGAGAUAAAGAGAUCGUCUUCAGUUCUUUCUCCAAGAGAUACAUACAACGAUAUCUUUGACGAUGUGAUAAAACAACCUCCGACCAUUAAGGCUAAUGGGAUGAAAACGUUACCAAGUAUGGACAGAGACGAUGUGAAGAAAAUAUUAAGCACCAAGAGAGUCAUUACUCAGGAAGAGUAUACCACGGUUAAGUAUGUAGGUAGAAAUCCCCAGAAGAACUCUAUUGUCAAUGAGCCGGAUGCGAAGUACGAUGAGUUACAACAACAAGCAUCUAUCUGCAAUGUUACAGCAGACUCUAGUCCUAUGCAAAAGACCAAUUCCGAAAGAGACAGCAUCUUGCCCCACUUGGCUGACGAGUUGAUGAAGGCUCCAACGGCAUUAUUGUCAAGAGACCAAUUCUUCAAAGACAGUGGAGCUAGUGAUUUCGAGAAUAAGGCUAAGAGAAUUUCAAUUGAAUCUUCUCGUGCUGGCUCAGUUGUCCACCACUCUCCUCCUGAUGAAUUUAAAUUAUUUGAUCAUGAUUUUGAGAUCAUUCAUACUCCACAGAGUACCACCAUGGUUGUUCCCAAUCUUCCUGAUUCUUCUGUGUUGGAGCCGAUUCCAAUGUCUCCCGAGAAGUAUCAAGAGCCAGUUUCUCCAACUAAGAAACAUCCGCCUAUCAAGAUUGGUUCUCCAGUAAAGUUGCUUAGAGAUGGACAGUCUGUGACUGGAAUUGAAGUUGAGUCAAUCAAAAAGACUCAUAGCUCACGUCCUUCGUUCAACGGCGACGAGCUUUUGAACGGCAAAUUGAGAGAUUCUCUUCCAAAUGAUAAUCUCAAACUGUUUGGUGCGGUAGAACAAGAACUUAAUGCUGUUUCAACUUCUGAUCCUUCGGUAUACGCCAAUGGCACGACAGACGUAUCAACUAUCCUCCGUCUUAACCCUGGACUUGAGUUUGACACCCAGGUAGGAUCCAGCAAGGAUAUGGAGCAUGGUCCUGUACCAUUACAGGAAAGAGGUAGGUUAUUUUUGAGAGUUGUAGGUUUCAAAAAUAUCGAAUUGCCUGACCUCAAAAACCAUGAUGCCAAGUUCUCGUUGACGCUAGAUAAUGGUGUCCAUUGCAUCAGAACUCCUAGCUACGACUUGGAUAAGCGCAACAUCUUGAUUGGCAAGGAGUUCGAAUUGACCGUAGGCGAUUCUUUGGAGUUCAUCUUGACCAUGAAAGCUACUUAUGAGAAGCCAAGAGGCAAGAUAAUGGAAGUCAAGGAAACUAAGGUGGUCAAGCCCAAGAAUAGAUUGAGUAGAAUGUUUGGUCAGAAGGAAAUCAUCACCACGACAAAGUUUGUAACAGUUGACGCGAAGGAUUCGUGGCAGAAUAAAUUUGCCCAAGACGGAUCUUUUGCCAGAUGCUAUGUUGACUUGGAUCAGUACGAAGACAAGAUUACUGGUAGAGCUCAAAGUUUUGACAUCACUUGUUUCAAUGAAUGGGAAACUACUAGCGAUGGUGGCAAGGAACCUGUCAGAUGCCAACCAUAUAGAAUUGGACAACUUGAGGUCAAGAUGUUGUUCAUUCCACGCGCUGAUGCUCACGAAGUCUUGCCUACCAGUAUCAGAUCAGCAUAUCAGAGCAUCAACGAGUUGAAGAAGGAACUUGGUUUCAAGAAGGAAGGGUACAUGCACCAGGAAGGUGGAGACUGUGAAGUCUGGAAAAAGAGGUUUUUCAAGUUAGAUGGAACGUCGUUGAUCGCGCACAGCGAGUUCUCGCUCAAGACCAGAGCCAAAAUCAACUUGGCUAAAGUUGUAGAAGUGAUUUAUGUGGAUAAAGAGAACAUCAACAGAUCCAAUGGCAACUACCGAAACUUCAGUGAUGUUUUGUUAGUAGAGCAUGCGUUUAAGAUCAGAUUCGCUAAUGGCGAGUUGAUCGACUUUGGUGCUCCCAACAGGGAAGAGAAGCUUGAAUGGAUUUCACUUUUGGAAAAGAUCAUCUACAGAAACAAAUUCAGAAGACAGCAAUGGGUGAAGUUGAUGGUCGCUGAGAAUAGUCAGCAAUCCCGUCCCGUGUCGCUUGUUCGUUAA